AUGGAUCCUUCCCUUUAUAAGGCGGCAAGAUCAGGAGACCUUGGUUUCUUGAGAACAGCUAGAGAUAGCAAAGUAUCAAAUAGUUUUCUUGAUCAGAAAACUCCUAAAGACAACAAUAUACUUCAUGUCGCAGCUGAAUUCAAGCAAAUAGAUUUCUUCAAAAACGCCCCGCUUGAUGAUCAAUCUCCCUUGUUUUGGGCCACCAACAAGAAAGGCAACACUCCCUUGCACGUUGCUGCAAGAGUAGGCUGUCAUGAAGUUGUAAAGUUUCUCAGCGAACACGCACAGAGAACACUAAUUGAUCCAGCUGAUCAGGAGAGUGGGCCAGCUGAUGCGAAUGCUCAUAAAGAGCUACUCCGAAAGACGAAUUCACAAAAGGAUACUGCGUUGCAUGUUGCUGUCCGCAAUGAACAUGCUGGUGUGGUGACUCUGUUAGUGGAGGCCGAUCCUCAAUUGUGUUCUUUCACUAAUAGCGCCAAUGAGUCGCCAUUGUUCAUAGCUGUUAGAAAUGGCUCUGCAAACGUUGUUCUUUAUAUUUUAAAUGAGUCUCCUAUACUUCCUUCUUUUCAUGGGACUAAUGGUGUGACGGCUUUGCAUGUGGCAGUAACUCGCAAACAUCUUACAGGGAGAGGCAUUGUGGAGACCAUGGUGUCCCAAAACCCUGGUAUAAUAAGAGAAGUCGACGAACUUGGGUGGACUCCCUUACAUUAUGCAGCCUUGGGAGGAAAUCUUGAAGCUACAAGAGUGCUCUUGCAACUCGAUAGUGAUGCUUCUUACAUCUUAGACAAAUCUGGAAUAUCGGCACUUCAUGUCGCAGCCUAUGCGGGCUGCACCAAAAUAAUGGAAGAGAUGAUUGGAUGUCGACCUGAUACCUGUGAUUUGCUCAAUGACAAAGGCCAAACGAUUCUACAUGCUGCAGUUUUAGGUGAACAAAUAAAUGUUGUGAAUUAUAUAUUGAAGAACCAUAAGCUUGCAGGACUUAUAAAUGAAGUAGAUAACGAUGGAAACACUCCUUUGCAUCUAGCUGCCCGUCAACACAAUCGCAAAAUUAUAACAACUUUGACACAUGAUCGUAGAGUGGACAAGACUGCUAUUAAUGAGGAAUUCUCACAGGCCGUUGACUAUUUUCUUGGUGAUAAUCUUGGCGAACAGGAAAGCAUAAGUUUACGUGAUCAUCAGGUUUUGGAUCACCUGGGGCGUUCAGUUGGCAUCCCAUUUUUCCAACAACAAAUCACUUCCGAUAUCAAGAAACCAGAAUCUCCGGGCAACGUUGCACACAAGGGAGAAAAGCACCAAGCUCAUUCAGAUCAAGUACCAGAAGGACGUGAUAUCAUUCUACUUGUAGCAACGCUUAUUGCCACCGUCACAUUCGCAGCGGGGCUCAAUGUUCCUGGCGGAUUUAAAAGCGACGGAACAGCAGCUUUACAGGAUUCUAAAUUUUUCGUGUUCUUUAUUACACUUAACACAGCAGCAUUUUCACUAGCAUUUAUCGCGAUCUAUAUUGAGUUAAUCGGAACAAUCAUAAAAUUUCAAUUAGCCAUACCCACAAGUACAACUCUCAUUCAGUGUUCCAUUAUUUGGAUGGUGAUGGCAUUUUUUUCCGGCACGUUAGCAGUGAUGUCGACAGCAGGCAGAGUGGGUAUGUGCUACGGAGUUUUGACAGAUUUCUUAUUAAUUGGCACCUACAUGUAUCUACAGAAAAGAAGAAAGCCUACAGCCAAGUUCAAAAAGAUCCACAUAAUUUAA